AGUCAUGAGUUAUAGUAUACGAUGAAGCGACGUCGCCAUGACAUAGUUGAGCUAUCAAGUGAUGAUUCCUUCGAUGACUUCGUCCCCACAAAGCUCAAAUCAAAACGAGUUUCCAUAGUUUUAAACAAGGAUCCGGUCAGCCUUAGGAGCUUGAAAUCCCGGAAGAAAGUAUCUCAAAAAGUUGCAAGAAUGUAAAGAAUGUUGCUGAUCAGGGUAUCCUCUAGCGCUAAACAGACUCAUAAGGUAGAUAAGGCUCACGUGCAAGAUAAGGAACGAAGAGGACGGGGUCGUCCAAAGAAGGCUGAUAAAUCAGGCAAGCAGAAACUGACUGUGAAAAUGAAAUUUCCGUCCUCGUCCCCAGAACGGCUCAGUGAAAAGGACAGAGUGAAUCGAACUGCUAAAUUAAAACCAGAGUUCUCGGAUUUAGAUGAUUCGUUGUUAAUUGAAACUUUAAAGCCGGGUUCGUCUAAAGUCAAUGCAGAGCAGUCUACUGUCAAAGAGGAGAUUUCAGGGUCAUCCGAGACUACUAGAAAUUCAGAGUCUCCAAUGUCAGAAAAGCUUGAUUUUAUUAAAAUCAGUUCACCAAUACACAGUUCAACACUACGGACACUAAACGCUUCUCCGAUCCUUCCUUCUGCCAAAUUAAACUGUACCUUAGAACAAAAGGAAACUAUCACUAAUGCGAACGAUCACGUGUUCCUUGAUUGUCAUGGUGAUACAUUUGUUAGUUUGAACGGUGAUAAAAGUGACCAUUCUAACGGUUUGAAAAGAGUUUUUACUUCUAGUAGUGACAGAAUUCCUGAUCCUAACAAAAACACUGCUUUGCAUCCUGAUAAUGAUGCUUCCAGCAGUCGGGAUGAUGUAACUGGUUCAAGCGAUUUAAACUGUGCUGAAAAUCUCAGUAGAUCGAGGAGCUCCCCCCGAAAUACCGCAGAAUCGUUGGGUUACAGUUUUUGUCAGAUCUGUCAGAAGAAUAUAUCUGGAUACUCAGCUGAUCAGCGGAGGAGUCAUGUGAAUAAGUGCUGUGAUGCGCUGGAAACAGCAAAUAACUUUGGCAGCAGAAACAGUCUCAACUCUCAAGGAAAGAGACAAGUUCCCGCUCGCAUCAACUGUCCGCUGUGCCCCAAGAACUACUGUGAUAAGAGUGCGGUGAAGAAACAUCUGAAGACAUGUUGUGAAGAACGUAGCAAGUGUUAUGAAACAGUGUGUGAAAUGUUGUUUGCUUCUUCCAGUAAGAUAUCGGUAGACAUUGAUGGUAGCAAACCAAAGAAGGAAACAACAAAAAAGACAAAAUCAAAAGAGAAACAAUCAACCCCUCUGCUUAUGGAAAAUAACGGUGCUAUCAACGAUGCCCAGAACAGAAUACUGGAUAUAGUCGCUGACCAGGAUUCUAAGGAUGAAGUACCCGCCACACCAGCUCUAAAAGUCAGUAAACUCACGACAUACCGUUCUAAACGGAACUCGAUUUGGAACGUAGCAGGCUCCGCAACUACAACAGUCCCCAAUGUGUUGAAACACGAGAACUCACUCAUAAACACCCAGAAAUCUGAAGAUAUCGUCCAACCCUUACCGGCCUCUGUUCCCGACGAUCCUAUUUGUAUGGAGAAAUCUUCUCUCCCUUCCCAAGCUGACAUAACCCAGUUAACCCAGUUUCUGACGGAUCUUGGGAAGAACGAUUCAAUGAAAGAAACGUUGAGCAACAUAAUGCUCAGUCCCACUAAACUGAGAACUGAUUCAGCAAGUUUAAGUCAAGGAUCAGAUGUGAACUCUUUGGUGACAGAAAGUUUUACAAAGAUGGCUGAAUAUGUGUGCCCAGAAGUGAGAACAAUUCAGAUUAAGAAUUCUUUCAAAAAGAGAUCAAAUUCUUCCCUUAGCUGCCCAGAAAAAUCAAGGACUGAUUCAGAUGAAACUGAGGAAUCAGAAGAAGAAAAUGAAGAAAUUGAGAAUAAAAAUGGGCAAUCUUGUGGCUCUAAAACAGAAAGCUCGCCUGCCCCUAUAAAUCGCAGCAAAAGUGAUCCCGGACCCAAAUCAGAGGAGGAAAUCAUUCACAGAUGCGAAACGGUGCCCAACAUUUUAACAGACAGAUCACCCAACCCUUCAGACAUAUCAGCAGUUGGGGAGAGCUUACACAUCAGGACACCAGCAAGGGACACGUCAGAGAUUGUAUCUUUAAGAGAUGCUGAGUCCAUUUUACCAGAUCAUUGCUCAGUUCAAGAGGACUCCAAUUUGGACUUGUUCGGGGAAGGGAAUGGUAUGGAGCGGAGAGAGUUUGAUAGGUCUCCUGAUAGGUCCCUUCUUAACGUGUCUCCGAUCACUGACUCCGGACUGAAUGAGGUUGAUGUGGUCAAAGAGGAGAGGAAGGUUAAAAAAUCUGUCUCAGUUCAGAUACCAGAGGAAAACAGGAUUUCACCCAUAUACCGGCCCAAGCACUGUUCCUCCACUACCCGGGAUUGUAAUGUCCUGACAGUUCCUGCUCCCCAGUCGCACAAGAACAUACAGGUAGAUAAAGAAACUAGAAACAUAGCAGCGGGAACUGACGUCACAACCCGAGCAAAAGGAACCAACACCGACAUAGUCCGGACUCGCAACGUGGCGUGUGACAUAAGUCACAUCGACACACGCUCUGUACCAACACAAGCUGACGGAGAGCACGGUUUAGCAGCCAUGAUGCGCCGUCUCCUCGCUGACACACCCUCCUCUGACGUCACACUGCUCUGCACCGACUGGACAGAGAAACGCGCGCACCGCGUCAUCCUCAACGCGUCCUGCCCUGCCCUCCUCGCUUGCUCCGGCCCCCAGAUCCCGGACGAUAGCUCCCUGGUUAAACUGGAGAUAGGCCCUGAAGCUGCGGAUAAGUUCAUGGAGUACGUGUAUACUAGGGAGAUAGAGGAUGAGGAUAUACGCCCUACCAUACUGAGUGAACUCUUCGAUAUCGCUGAGAGGUUAGACAUGGCUGAGCUCACGAACCACCUCCACACGAAACGAACGGAAACAAUAGAAAUAGAGUUCAAACAAGAAUCAGGAACAAAAAUCCAACUGAACUUGUCAGCUCAAGACAUGUUGAACCUAUCCCAACAAAUCCAAACGAUCUCGUCCCAGAACCGUAGCAGUGUAUCUCUAGACAACACAUUCCAGCAAGACAUCCCUUCUUUUCAGGAACAUGGCAUCUUCCCAGCCCCUUCACCUGAACUCUGUGACCGUAGUCAGGGUCAUAUUUUAGACGGGGAUUUGUUUGAAGAGGUGGAAGUGUCUAACCAGACUGCUCCGAAUGAAGGUAGUGGUGAGGAUGAAGGUGAUCGUGGUGAUCGUGAGGUGGAGGGAGGUGUAAUGGAGGGAAACAUCUCUGAUCUAGAGGAUCUGCCAUCUACAGGUUUGAUACUGGAGGAGUAUACCGCUCAAACUCCCCCACCUCAAACUCCUCCACCUCAAACUCCUCCACCUCAAACUCCUCCACCUCAAACUUCUCCACCUCAAACUACUACACCUCAAACUCCUCAAGCUGUCACCACUGAAGAGGAUAGGAGGGUCAGCCAGCUCAUCCAGGAUGUAGAAUUCAUUGAUCUGGUUAAGAAACUUGAUGACCCAAUCGUCAACUCCCCUCUGUCUUUUAUAGAUAAUCUAAGUCCGAUAAGACUUGACACUGUGCCAACUAAACUCCCGGCUGAUAAAAACCAAGAUAUAUCCGUGAUAGACUUGGACGAUAGCGCCACCGAAGCACCCAUUUCCCGUAACAAAUUAUUGGACUCAACUCCAAAACCCUCUUCUAAAAACAAAGGUGUAAUGAGGAGACCGAACUUAGAAUUAGAGUUGUCAGUUUAUGAUAAGACACCUAACUUCAAGGGGAUGAACACUCCUAAAUUGAAAGCGGAGGUGGGGAAGUACGGGUUAAAGCCACUGUCUAAAAAAAGAGCUGUAGCCAAGUUGGAGGAGAUUCACAGGUUCACCAACAAGAAGUUUUUGAAACGACCCUCAGAACUCGAGGACGAGAUGGGAGGGAGCGAGAAAUCCAAGACAGAAAAUUGGCAUGGGCUGAAAGCUGACCAAUUUGACCUUCAAUUUGUUCAAAUACCCAAGAAGUCCAAAGAUGAAACGUACGCAGUCCUCAAUGGAUUCCGGUUCAAUAUCGACAGAAAUCGGAUUGAAACGGAUGGAACAUCCUACUGGAGAUGUAGUUUACAUCGUUCAAGUGGUGAAACUGAGCGCUGUAAAGCUACCAUAACCACGGCACACAGACAGCUUACGUCUCCAGUUCCUCUCCAUAACCACCUUCCUCGACCACCGACAAAGUUCACGCCGACCAAGUCUCAGCCCAGCAGAGCUGUCUCUAGUUCUACAACGUCUAACAAGAAACAGCAGAGUAGAUCGAGAAAACGGAGGAAUUCUUCGUCCAGUUCAAGUUCAGAGAAGGAGUGCCCGGUAGGAGACAUAACAGUGAGCGAGAAGUUGCCCAAAUCAGCAGCAGGGGAGGUAUCAGACCAGAUCAGAUCAGCUAUCAGGAGUAAAGAGACCCUCCACACGCAGGUCCUGUUGUAUCAGGCUGUUGACAUUCUGGAGAUCAAGGGGUUACUAAAACGACGAACCGGCGUGGGUCUGAUAGCCCAAGUCCUUGACGAUCUAGGUAUAACAUACUUCAACUCUGAGACUAAGGGGAGAAAGGGAGGAGCUGGCAAAAGAGCUAAAAAGUAGAGAUCUUUCCUUGGUAUCCUGUUAAUAAUUGGCAGUCACGUGGUUAUCGAUUAUUCAAAUCACUUUUUUAUCUUGAUUGAUUGAAAAAUGAGAAUUUUGUCAAAAAGAUUUUCCAUAUUUGAAGAAUAUUUGAUGUUAGUUAAACAUACAACUAUCGUCAAACUAUACUGCAUACCUUUCAUUCAGUGAUAUUGAUAUUCGCGAUUUUUAAGAUUUUGGUUAUAUUUUGCAGCUGAAUUAUUUUUAAUAACUGUAUUUUUUACCAGAUACUUGAUUGUAGUUUUAGCAAACGUUUUUCACUGGAACAACGGUUAUCAAUGGAACAUGUCUUCUCGUUUAUUUUGGUAUAAUUAUCAUCGCGUACAAAUUUUAUAAGCUAUCAACAACAUUUCUGAGUUCCCUUCCUAUUUCAAUUUUUUUCCUGCAUACAAUUUAUUCGAUGGAAAUUCAGCAGUUUCAACCUUUGUCCUCGACAUGUUUUAGUAAAUAUUGAUAGAUAAAUAAUCGAGCCAGCACAAAAUAUUGCGUUAAAGCUACCAAAAAGUCAAACAUUAUAAUCGGAUCGAGAACUCAUGGUCCAUUAAUUGUUGUUCGCAAACAAAUAUUUUUACUUUUAGACUGUAGUGGUACAAUAUAUCAUCUUCUAAUUUAUUUGAAUU